AUGAGUAAAGUUCGAGAGGGCAUCUCGGAAUCGAAAAUGGGAAACUCAGACACCAAAUACCACGACCGCAGUGGUCCUCAUGAAUCUCCAUUUUUUGCAAACAACAAGAAUGCUGCCAAACCAUCUCUGCAGAACCUGAAAGCGGCUUCGGAGGGAGCGCUUUUCAUGGCACCUGAUAAUGUGGCAAUCCAAGAGAAGCUUUCGAAGAAAGCUGGGGCAUUGAGCGCUAAUAGCAGCAGACUGGAAUUUGUCUUCUACAAAGUUUUCUUGUGCUUGUUUUUUCUAACCUAUGCGUGCUUUCGAUAUUUCCAAUACACCGUCAACAAAAUCAAGAUUCACGUUUUAAACAUCGCGUACAGCCCUUCGAACACGCCGCAACUUAUUCGACAAGACGUGCUUAAAUUGUCAAAACUGCCAAAAAGAUUGGCUGCCAUUCUCGAAAUCAAGUCCGAGGGCGAUGUCGGUGGCGGUGUCAGCGGGCUGAUCAACGACGGCAGUGAUUUAGUGGCUUGGUCGGUUUCUGCCGGAAUAAAGCAUUUAACCCUGUACGAUUUUGACGGGUACCUCAAGAAAAACGUACACGAAUUCAGAGAGGGCGUUCAUCACAAGCUAAGCAAAUACUACGACCCCUCAAAUGUACCGAAAUUUGCAGUACGUGUUCCACAAUGGAAUUCCGUGUAUUACAACUCCUCGAGCACCGAAUUCAACGGAACGUCUACCAAAAAAGUCGCCAUUGAGAUUUCACUGCUCUCUAAUCGAGAUGGCCGCGAAACCAUAGUGGAUCUUACUAGAACCAUGGCGGAACUCUGCACGAACAACGAAAUGAAACUCGCAGAUGUCACGAUGAAACUGAUAGAUUCAGAACUUUUGCAGCUUGUAGGGCCAGAACCUGAUCUUUUGCUUUAUUUUGGACCUCGUCUGGACCUUCAGGGUUUUCCACCUUGGCAUAUCCGUCUCACAGAAUUUUACUGGGAGGAAGACAACGACCAAGUCACUUACUCCGUCUUCAUAAGAGGUCUGAAGACCUAUUCUGCUUGCAAGGUUAAUGUCGGCAAAUGA